AUGAGUCGAUUGACAGGUAUUCUUGCUUUUAGCUCGGCCGUACUAGCUGUGCAGGCCCAGGAAACAUGCGAAAGGACCAAGGUUGCUGUGCUGGGAGCAGGUGUGGCUGGAGUGGAAGCUGCAAAAUCGCUUUCGGAUAAUGGGGUUGACGACUUUCUCCUGGUUGAAUACCAAGAUCGCAUUGGUGGGCGGAUGCAUGAUGUCCCCUUCGGUAGCGGACCACACGGCCAUCCGUAUGUCGUCGAAGCAGGGGCGAACUGGGUGCAAGGAACUGUCACGGGUGAUGGCCCUGAAAAUCCCAUCCACACUCUGGUGAUUCACUCCAGGGAAACGGACCAGGAUAACACGACCUAUUAUGAUCCGACCGGUCCGGUGGAUUAUUCUUAUGCGAAACGCGAAUAUGAAGAGGCCUUAGGGAGAGUUACCGUUGAUGCAGGAUCUCUCUUGCAGAACAAUAUCCAGGACCGGUCCUUCCGUGCCGGAUUGCGACUGCAGGGCUGGGACCCGGCCAAGGAUGAUUCUUACCGACAGACUGCCGAAUGGUGGUUGUUCGAUGGCGAGUUUGCUUACACUCCUAGUGAGAGCUCUCAGAUCUAUACCUCGGUGGCCGAAAACGCGACCUUCAACUAUUUCUCCGAGGAGAAUCUUUUCGUAUAUGACCAGCGUGGGUUUGCGAAUAUCAUCCGGGGGGAAGCGGCGGAAUUUCUGGCGCACGACGACAGGCGUUUACGUCUAAGCACGCAGGUCACCGGCGUCGACUACAAUCGGGACUCUGUCACUGUCCGGACGAAUCGAGGUUGCAUUCAUGCCGAUUACGCGAUCAUGACCUUCUCGCUGGGCGUUCUCCAGAAGGGCGUGGUGGACUUUGUUCCGCAGCUCCCUUCCUGGAAGAAAACUGCUAUCCAUAGCUUCGAGCUGGGAACGUACACCAAGAUCUUCAUGCAAUUCCCGUGGCGUUUCUGGGAAAAUGCGCAGUACCUCAUCUAUGCCGACCCGGAGACUCGAGGCUACUAUCCCGAGUUCCAACCCCUCGACCUUCCGGGUGUGUUGGAGGGAUCAGGUCUCAUGGUCGCGACGGUCGUCGAUGACCAGUCUUACCGAGUCGAGUCGCAGUCUUUCGAACAAACCCAGGCUGAAGUCAUGGAAGUUCUACGAAGCAUGUACGGACCGGCGAUCCCCGACCCGACCCAUCUUUGGUACAAGCGGUGGGGACAAACUCCUUGGGCGUAUGGAUCCUACUCGAACUGGCCUCCAUCCACCAGUCUGCAAGGGCACCAGAAUCUGCGUGCGAACGUCGGAAAUCUGUUCUUCGCCGGCGAGGCGACCAGCCAGGAAUUCUUCGGUUAUCUACAGGGCGCCUACUUUGAAGGCAAGCAUGUCGGCACGUUCAUCUCUGAUUGCGUGCGGAAGACUGGAAAUUGCACCGUCACGGACGAGCAGCAGAAAUAUCCUGUUUUGACGGGGGUGACCCCGUACAACCUGUAUAAUGAGGAGCAUGGAUGGUUUGUGGAUACGGUUUCCUGA